AGGGGCGGUCUGCGCAGGCGCAGUGUCACCGGGCCAAAAUGGCUGCGCGGUGUUCCCCACGCUGGUUUAGGGUGGCGGUGGGGACCCCCCGGCUGCCGGCUGCAGCGGGGAGAGGGGUCCAGCAGCCCCAGGGGGGCGUAGUGGCAGCAUCCCUGUGUCGCAAGCUGUGUGUCUCUGCCUUCGGGCUUUCCAUGGGCGCUCACGGCCCCCGGGCGCUGCUGACAUUGAGACCGGUUGUCAGCCUCACAGGAACAAAAAGUUUCCCUUUUGUUUGUACUGCUUCCUUCCACACAAGUGCUUCUUUGGCCAAAGAUGAUUAUUACCAGAUACUGGGAGUACCCCGAAAUGCCAGCCAGAAGGAUAUCAAGAAAGCCUAUUAUCAGCUUGCCAAGAAAUAUCAUCCAGACACAAAUAAGGAUGAUCCCAAAGCCAAGGAGAAGUUUUCCCAGCUGGCAGAAGCUUAUGAGGUGUUGAGUGACGAGGUGAAGAGGAAGCAGUAUGAUGCUUACGGCUCCGCUGGCUUUGACCCUGGGGCCAGCAGCUCUGGGCAGGGCUACUGGAGAGGAGGUCCCUCUGUUGACCCCGAGGAGCUAUUCAGGAAGAUCUUUGGAGAGUUCUCAUCUUCUCCUUUUGGUGAUUUCCAGAAUGUGUUUGAUCAGCCUCAGGAGUACAUCAUGGAGUUGACAUUCAAUCAAGCCGCCAAGGGUGUUAACAAAGAGUUCACCGUGAACAUCAUGGACACCUGUGAGCGCUGCGAUGGCAAGGGGAACGAGCCUGGAACCAAAGUGCAGCAUUGUCACUACUGCAGCGGCUCAGGCAUGGAAACCAUCAAUACAGGGCCUUUUGUGAUGCGUUCCACGUGUCGGAGAUGUGGUGGACGGGGCUCCAUCAUCACAAACCCUUGUGUGGUCUGCAGAGGAGCAGGACAAGCCAAGCAGAAGAAGCGAGUGACAAUCCCUGUGCCUGCAGGAGUUGAAGAUGGCCAGACUGUAAGGAUGCCUGUGGGAAAACGAGAAAUUUUUGUCACAUUCAGGGUGCAGAAGAGCCCUAUGUUCCGGAGGGACGGCGCAGACAUCCACUCCGACCUCUUUAUUUCAAUAGCUCAAGCUAUUCUGGGGGGUACAGCCAAAGCGCAGGGCCUGUAUGAGACAAUCAAUGUGACGAUCCCUGCUGGGAUUCAGACAGACCAGAAGAUUCGCUUGACUGGGAAAGGCAUCCCCCGUAUUAAUAGCUAUGGCUAUGGUGACCACUACAUUCACAUUAAGAUCAGAGUUCCAAAGAGGCUAACCAGUAGGCAGCAGAACCUGAUCCUGAGCUAUGCCGAGGAUGAGACCGAUGUGGAGGGGACAGUGAAUGGAGUCACCCACACAAGCACUGGAAAACGGUCAACUGGAAACUAGAUGGAGCAGCAGCCCCUCUCCGUGGCCAGGGCAUCAGACACGGGAGGAUCCCAGAACAGCAGCACUGAGCCCCUGCUUACAGAUCCCUCUGAACCGCCCAGCAACAGCAAGCCUAUGUGACGACUUCUCUGCAUAAAAGGUUAUGGUGUCCUAGGCAGUGACGCACAGCCCUCAGGCUGGACACCGAGACAGGUGGGAAGUGCCUGUCCACUGGUAGGUGACUGCUGCUUCUGGUUUAAGCAGGAAAACACUUGGACUCUUCUUGCAGCACUAAGAUAAUCUGGAAUCGCAUGUCGUAGAGAGUUGAAAGAAUUAAAGACCCGUGCUUACAGCUUAAAAUGAAGCUUUAAGCUGCACAGUGUUGUGAAGUGAUUAAUUUCCCUCUCAGCAAACCUCAUGGAAGUUCUGAAAUAUGUCCGUCCUGACAGGGGUCUUCUCUAGGACUAGGGCAGCACAUCCUAACAGCGCCAUCUCCCUGUACAGAGUGUAGAGUGUGGUGUCUGUCACUCCCCUUGAAGCUUUUUUUUUUUUUUUUGACGGUAGCAAGCAGCUGGAAAGUGGGAUCUAGGGCCCUGGGAGGCACACUUGUGGGACGCCUCGCAGCAGCAAGUUCCACUCCACCUCAGAUGGCAGCUUGCCUGGUAGUGCACUUAGAGUGUUCUAGUCUGGUGUGUGUGGAUGUUUCCUGCCCUGUUGGACCAAAGUUACCAUGGUCAUGUGGGACAGCCUUCAGCCUCUGGGGACCCAGAACUUUCCAGCCAGGGCUUGGUUCUCCAUUUCCACUGCUGACAUUUGAUUUCCAGUGUAUUUCAAUUACUCAGUGGUAAGGUCCAUUGUCUUUUCCUGUGUAAAUGUUAAACGACAGCAUCAUUGGUGAAGGCCCUCCACGGCGCAGAGCAGCUUCGUUUCCAGCCUCUGCUGGUGGCACAUCGGAGUUUCUGUGUGCUAACGGUCCUCUGGAGCUAGUGUAAGACAGGCUAAUGAAGAACACUUUCUCUGUAGUUUCUUUCUUUCAUUUAUAAUUUACAAAAGUAAAGCAUUUAUUAGUGUCUGAUUUAAGAAUGUAAAGUGAUUCUGUAUCAAUGUAAAUAAGAUGAUCUACUACAAAAGAUAUUUAAAA